UCCUGCUGCCGGCGGAAGUCGUGGCAUGCACGUCAUGGCUGCCUGUCUGAAAAAUCUGUAGCUAAACUUUCACUUUGUUCUGAAAGCACAACGAUUAUGGCGACGUUUUUCGGGGAAGUGCUGUCGGUUUACUCUCGGGCUGUGGAGGAAGACGACGACGAGCUUGAUGAAAAUGAGGAGGAUGAGCAAAUCCGCAGAGAGCUGGAGGAAAAAAGAGAGGUUCAUCUGCACUGGAGCCCUGAAGUCUCUGAGUCGCUGAAGUCUGGAAACAAGUUGCAGUGUUCAGACUUCAUCCUUGCUGUGGGACAAAAUGCUUCCAGUUUUCUGUCAGUGCACAUCCUGUCCACGCCAAACUGGGAUACAAUCGGACGUGCGUCGGCGUGGAACGAGAGGAGCCGAGCUGUAACGGGGCAAGGCUGCGAGGAAUCAGCGUGUGUUUUCUACAGACGCAAGGACAACCCAACAGUUUUGAUAUGCCAGGUGUCGUGCUACGUUGCAGAAGACCAGCUUUUUCAGUGGACAGAAAAGGUGUUUGACUGUCUGCAGCUCAGAGAGCUGAAUGUGACGGUGCUGUCAGACACCUCUGUGGCUGAUUAUAAGACGGCAGACUAUCUGGGUGGCAGCUCCGCUCCCUUCCUGCGCUCUCUCCACACCAGUGCUUUUGGUGAUCAGCCUGUCUGCCAGUCACUGGAGCAACCCAACAUAGUUACUGGACUUGCAGCUGCAGUACUGAACCACUGCCAGGUCCACCGCAUCGCCGCUGUUGUUUACCAGUGUUACAGUGAUGUCAUUGGCCCUGACUCUGUCACCAUGGAGACCUACAAGCCUGUAUUAACCAAACUUGGCAGAUCUAUACAGCUCGAUCCGUCUCCAAGCACAGAUGCCCUGCGCAAGUUUGUCAGGACCACCGACCUUCAGAGCAAUCUUUAUAUCUGAGUCCGUGCUGCACCCUCUGUAAUUCUAUUUUUCUGUCGUAAAAUGCUGUCAUUUUUUUAAAAUAAAGACAUUUUAAGGAAAAAAAUAUUAGAAAUCUUUUAAGUUUAAUUAUUUACUUCAGUCUGUCCAUAAAUAAUAGGUCCUAAAAGUUUCCAAAGAAAUGCAGAUGCAUACCAAGAAAGCUGUUGCAGCUUUAUGGAGAACAUAUAUAAACUUUUAACUUGCAUGUAACUAUUUUCUUAAGAAUUACAGGCUAAAUCGUUCCACAAGGUGAUACAGACAGUCCACGUAAAAACAUUUCCAUCGGGGAUAAAAACAGCUGAGGUUACUUGAAACUACAGAUUUGUAAACUGCUCAAAAGUUUCCUCCGUUUUCCUCCCUCUCUGAUUCCUGAAUAAAGUCAAUUUUAUAAAUAUU